AUGGCGUCUACACGUGGAAAGCCUACCCGUAGACCCCAACUGGAAUUGCAAGCAGCAGUUCUGAGUGUGCGGCUAGCAUGUAUAACCCAGAAAGAACAUGACUAUGAGGUGUCUUCUACCUAUUAUUGGAGUGACAGCAGUGCUGUUAUUGGUCAGAUUCGUGGAGAGUCAAAGCGUCAUCCUGCUUUCACUGCCAACAGACUCUCCGGAAUUCUUGAUACUUCAGAGCCGCAACAAUGGCGUCACUGCCCUGGUAAACUCAAUCCUGCAGAUGAUGGCAGUCGUGGCCUGAAGGCAGAUUCGAUUACUCCGAACUGUCGCUGGUUAAAUGGACCAUCAUUUCUUCUACUGUCAGAAGAUCAGUGGCCUGAAGAUAUUCCGAAGUCAAUGUUUGCUCCUGACGUGACUUGCGAAGUACCCGAAGUACCAGGUGCAACCUUCAUGUCAGCUGUGGAUGGUUGGAAACUCAACCCUCAGUUUAUCGACUUGUCUCGUUACUCGUCGUUUGUUAAACUUUGUCGAAUUACUGCUUAUGUAAAGCGAUUCAUCGAGAAUUGCAAAAGCAAGAAAAGAGAAAAUGGAAAUGAAAAUUGGCCCGUUGGAGGUUCAAGAAAUUAA